UCCGAUUGUUUGAAUGUAUGUCGUUUAUUGAAGAAGUUGGCAGAAAACGACAAAAGCUCCGACAAAACCAAGGAUAAAAAAAUACUCAUGCCAUUAGAAGUAAAUUUGUACGUUGAUGAGUUCAUGAAAGUCGCCCAAUCUCAUGAACAACUGGGAUUUCUUACUCUGCGACAGCUAUCAGAAGUAUUUAAUUAUUGGAAAACGAUGAAUGAUACAUUGAAACUAAAAUCAGAACAUCUUAAAAGCGGAAAAGGCGAAGGCUAUGUAUUGUACGUGGCGGAGUUCUUGUUGAUCAUGUUGGAUAUUAAACGGCCAGGCAAUGGUCUGACCCUAGCACAAAUAAAAAAGUUUGGUAUUUUGUACGAAGCUCAAAAGACAUCCGGUAGAAUUGAUCCUGCGAAAAGUGAAAAAUUGUUCAAUGAUCUUGGUAUAACCGUAAACAACGAAUUGAAACUGCUAUUUAAAUCGGAUGGACGCGUUGGAAUAUUGUUGAUGGAUUUAAUCAUGGCUGCGGCAGAACGCAAUAAGAUUUUAAUGGAGAAUGAUUUAAGGGUGAUAAGUCCAAGCGAGGUCAUGUAUGCCAGAAACGACUUCAAUGAGUUUGACGAUAGUAAAGACGGUGAACUGUCUCCUAAAGAGUAUGCCGACAACAAGGCAUACUUAAACCCUAUUUCAAAAUCAAUGGAACAGUCGUUUGUUGACGAACAUGAUAGCGUAGAAGACUCUAUGACAUCAAGUUUUAAUUCCUAUAUUGAUGAAUCACAAUCUUAA